AUGGAGCAGAGCCCCAACAAUGGCACCAAAAAGGUCAAACUACUCUGCAGCUACGGCGGCCAGAUCAAGUCCCGCCCCUCCGACCACCACCUCUCCUACCUCGGCGGCGACACCAAAAUCGUCGCCGUCGACCGCUCCGUCAAAUUCUCCCAACUCUCCGCCAAGCUCAAAUCCCUCCUCUCCGACGCCGCCGACAUUUCCGUCAAGUACCAGCUCCCCGGUGAGGACCUCGACGCCCUCGUCUCCUUAAUCGACGACGACGACGUCGAGCACAUGAUGAUAGAGUACGACCGCAUGCACAGGAUCUCCCCCAAACCCGCCCGCCUCCGCAUAUUCGUAUUCAACAUUUCCGCCCCGGUCAAACCCGCGUCUAACCCGGAUUACUUAUUCGGGUUCGACCAGGAGAACCAGCCCACCAUCGCCCACACUCCGCUCGAUCUCUUCCCGGUUCCCGCCCGGUUCAGCAACGGACCGGCGGUUCACCGGGUACCGGUUGCUGCGUAUGGCUAUUCGUAUGGGAACCGGGAGCAGCCGGUUUAUAAUUUAAUUCCGAUGAUGCCCCCGGUUUCGGUUGUGAAUGGCGUGGAAUUGAAUGGGAAUAGUAGGCGUCAGCGUCAUGUCUGA